AAAAAAAAAAAAGGGGGAAGAGCAGGAGGAGGGGGAGGGAAAAAAAAAAAAAAAGAUCCUAGAAAUCCAAAAAGGCUCAUCUGGGAAAGGAGAGAGAGAGGAGGAGAGCGAGAGGAAGCGGGAUGCAACUCAACCUGACGCUGAUCUGCUUCGUCUUCGGGGGGUUCCUGCCCGACGCCGCGGCCCGGCGGGAGCAGAUGGACACGGGGCAGUGCGACCUGCCCCGCUCGCAAGGAGAGCUCAACUCCUUCCUCUGGACCAUCCGCCGCGACCCCCCCGCCUAUCUCUUCGGCACCAUCCACGUGCCCUACACGCGGGUGUGGGACUUCAUCCCCGACAACUCCAAGGCCGCCUUCCAGGCCAGCUCCAGCGUCUACUUCGAGCUGGACCUCACCGACCCCUACACCAUCUCGGGGCUGGCCAGCUGCCAGAUGCUGCCCCACGGGGAGAACCUGCAGGACGUGCUGCCCCGCGAGCUCUACCGCCGCCUCAAGCGCCACCUGGACUACAUCAAGCUGAUGCUGCCCCACUGGAUGACCCCGGACCAGCGGGGCAAAGGGCUCUACGCCGACUACCUCUUCAACGCCAUCGCCGGCAACUGGGAGCGCAAGAGGCCCGUCUGGGUGAUGCUCAUGGUGAACUCCUUGACGGAGACCGACAUCCGCUCCAGAGGGGUGCCGGUGCUCGAUCUCUACCUCGCCCAGGAGGCCGAGAGGAUGAAGAAGACGACGGGUGCGGUGGAGAGGGUGGAGGAGCAGUGUCACCCGCUGAACGGGCUCAACUUCUCCCAGGUGCUGUUUGCUCUGAACCAAACUCUGCUCCAACAUGAAAGUCUCCGAGCAGGUAGUUUGCAGGCCCCAUAUACCACUGAAGAUCUCAUCAAGCAUUAUAAUUGUGGAGACCUGAAUGCUGUCAUAUUCAAUCACGACACUUCUCAGGUCCCUAAUUUCAUCAACACGACGCUCCCGCCCCACGAGCAGGUGACGGCUCAGGAGAUAGACAGCUACUUCAGACAGGAGCUCAUCUACAAGAGGAAUGAGAGGAUGGGGAAGAGAGUGAUGGCACUUCUGAGGGAGAACGCAGACAAGAGCUUCUUCUUUGCCUUUGGAGCAGGUCACUUCCUGGGUAACAACACUGUGAUUGAUGUACUGAGACAAGCAGGAUUUGAAGUGGAGCACACCCCUCCUGGACAACCAAUUGGAAAUUCAAGGACGACAAAGACAAGUCCAGCCUUUGAAGGGUCCUCAGCAACAGCCCUGCCUGCCCUCCAGCUUUCUGAGCAGGUCCCACUGACGUCUCCUUCCCUGAAGCCCCAGCAGAUGGAUGAAGAAGACAGCCUGUCUCCUCACCUCCUGCUGCCAGACAGUAUCAGCCAGCUGGAAGAGUUUGGCCGGCAGAAGAAAUGGCACAAGAAGCAGCACAAACAUCAUCGCCAGAGGCAAUUCAAUGACCUCUGGGUUCGGAUAGAAGACAGCACCACCACGUUGCCUUCCUACAUCAGGAUAACCAAUGGCUACAUCACAGUCAAACCUCCCAUUUGGAUUUCCAACCGGCUGGAUCAGAGACCACACUCAGACCGCCCGUCUCAGCCUCAGCCGACGAGCUCAGCUUCAGCCACCAUUUUAUGGCCGUCAAUAACUUCUCUCUAUGUGGCCAUAGCUUCAUUUCUUCUCAAUCUACUGCAGCCUUCCUGACCGCAUUAGGAUUACGUGCAAUCCCUUGGAAUAGAGAAGAGAGAUAAUUUAUGAAUGAAUUGGAGGUUAUGACAACAUUUGCAGACUGGACCUUCUCAGUGAAUCAGUAGUGCCUUCUAGCUGAUUUUGUCUCUUUGCCCAGAUACGUUUUGAAACUCUAAAGCUUUAUUGUAACACUGACUUACAUCUUCUUUUUGUAGAAGGAUCUUUAUUUCCCAUAGUGCUAUGGGGUUUUGUAAAAUAUUCAUGUUCAUAUAAAGAAAAAAAAAAGAAAAAGAAAAAAUGUAUUUAUUCAACUGGUAAACUUAUUUUUUCUUGUUGUAUAUGUUAAUAACAUCCCUAGUAAUCAGUAGUGAUGGUGAAACAGAUAAAUUAAUAUUUCCUAUAUUUGUUUUCUAACUGACAACUCUGCAAAUGCCUGAACUGACACCAGAUGAAUGGCUUUUUUCUUUAACCAUUACUUUCUACAGCAACUAUCCAAUAAGUACAUUUUGCUGCAUUUCUGUAUUUUUCUUUUUAAAAAAAUUCUUAUUAACAUAACUUAAACUGAAUAAAGCAGAUCCUGCUCUCUGUGGCCUAUGCCCAUUAGAAAAACUUGUGCAUUCUUAGCUCAAGUCAGCUGCUACAACCUAAAAUUUCAGAUAUUUUUAUAUGAUUUAGUAAGUCAUUAGUCAAAAUAACCCUCUAAGAUCCCCUGUUGUCUUUAACUCAACUAUUUAACUUCUCUGGAAAUUACCAAUUUCCAUCUUUGCCCUGGGAUUAAUUCAUUAUCUAACUCAAAACAUCUUUUUCUUAAUAAAAUAUUUCAUUUUAAAUCCGGAAUUUUCCCAAUGGAAUUAUUUUCUUCUCUCCCUCAUCUUAUAUAAAUAGAAGUCCACAAUCUUUCGCAGCAUAAAUGAGACCAGAACUUGGUCUGUUUAUAGGUUAUAAAGAUAAAGUUUCCUGCUAAUCUAUAGAACUGCUUUACACCAGUUAAUGCAAGUGGGCAACCUGCAGGCAGGGAAAAAAUGUCUAGAAAUUCAUCAUCAUCCUGCUAUUGUGCUUAGAGAUGGUAUCUCCAUGCUGAAUUAUGAUUUGUCCAAAAUUAUUUCAAGACCACAGGAACCAAGCCCCUUUUGUCAUGGAGAUGUGCAAGAACUUUCCUGUUUGUAGACUAUGGUGCUUCUGUUGACUAUGAUGGAAAAAUUAAGACAAUUUGCAUGUAGUGCAAAGUUUGCUCACUUUCCAAGCAGCUACUUUUCAGUAAUCAGAAGAACAACAUCUGUGGGAAAAAACAAGUCCAUCUUUAAAACUACCAUGCUUAAUAAGGCAUGUUAACUUUUUCCCCAACAAAACAAGAUGAAAAAUCACUUUUGAUACAGAAGUUUCAAACAGAAAAUUAAUUUUGCUUGAAAUAGUCUUUUUUUUUUUUCCUGAAGUCAUCUACAAAACAAAAAUCUGAAAUCUGUGGUGAAAACAUCUUAGUUACAAAGAAACAAAGAAAUGUUUUUUUUUAAAUGUCAUGCAAACCUUUUUUUUAAUGAAAAAGUAGUGCUUUUUCACCAUGAAAAAAAUAGCAGAUAAUGAUGACAAUAACACUAAUACUGGUAAAAAUCUGACUGAAAACAGUCGUGUCAUUUUCCCACCAGCCUCACAGCGUGGUGUUCAGGACUGGAGACAAUUCUAUGUAAUAUUCAAGUCUCCUCAGUGAGAGAUGGUUUAGGAUACACGGUUAGUUUGUCACUAUACCAGUGAAUUCAAGAAAGGAGUUAAGGGAAUUAUUAGACUGUAAUAUGCACAUGGUUUUAUUUGAAACCAUGAUAAAUAUUGAGCUUUUUCACCAUACAUUCCAACCCACUGCUUUGCAAAGGCAAGGGAGAAUACAGAUGGCUUUUUUGACCUACUGUACACCAUGACCUCCAUCUUUUUUCCUACUUUUGUCAGAAGGGUAUGUAGAUUUGUGGUCACUUUAAGUGAGUACAGCAGCCAGUGCUGUAAGCUACCCCUAUAUUUUAAAGUACAGCAGUUGAUAAGGCUGAAUGGAAAACUUUGAGCUUUGCCACAAAUGUGAGCUUCAAGCACACCCUGUGCAUACCUUUAUAUUGUGUAUUUUGGCUAGCAGAAGAUCAGAGAUGUUAGUUUUGGAGAGAAGCCAUUCACCUUGCAUAAUAUUUAUUGCACUGGGCUGGAUAUUGGAAACAUAUUUUGAGAACUUUCAUUUCAGUUUUAUUUGUGCUAUUACUCUAGAAAUGCCUUCAUUUGAAUAUAAUAGCUUAACAGACCUUCAAAUUCAACCUUAAUGCGCUUAAAAAGAUUGGUUCUCCUGCUGUAUUCAAGACAGAGCUCAGACCCGAAUAGUAAUGUAUUAUUCAUAAAAAGAGAGCAGAAAAUAACAUAGGCAAAUCUUAAGGGUGAUGAUAAGUUACAUAGUAAAAGCAAAUAGCCAAUGAACCGAAGCCCAUUGAAUUUUAUUUGUUAUAGUCUGAUCAAGUCCAGAAAUGAUUCUAUGGUACCGUCCCAGAAAUAAUUCCAGGUGUUGGAAAACUUACCGAAUAAAUAGGCCAGACCAUAAAAAGAUAAGAGAGAGAGAGAGAAAAGAGCAGAAAACAGAAUCAAGUUGUCCAUGACCAUAAGGAAAACCAACAGGACCAAGACUGGGACUUGCAGUUCUCCUGUUCCCAUCCUGUGGCUUUCUCCAGAGGCCUGUGAGGCUGUUAGGAAUAUGAUGAGCACAGAUGUCACCACACUCACAGCUGUCACUAUGCCACACAGAACACUCAGUUUGUCACUAAUGAGUUUUUCGUGAAUCACUUCUCCAUUGGACAGUAAUGCUAAGUACUUACUAGCUCAGAUAUCACGGCAUGUUUGGAUAUCACAGUAUGUAAAUAGCUUGGAUAUCAACGUAUGUUCUGACAUAUGUGCAUUUCUUGGCAUUUUGUCUGUAAUUCCUGUGAAACGAAUGAAUGUUGCUGGAGGUCACCAAAUUUCAAUUGUGCUCGUGCCCAGUGUUUGUCAUUCUGCAGUGCAGGUUUCAAAGCAAGGUGCCUUCUGGGUUUGGAGUCAACACACUUGACAUUUGCUAGCUAAAAGCAUCUAGCACACCCAGUCAUCUGAGCUUCCUCUGGGUAGGGGAGAAGAAACCACUUAUGAUAAAUACAAGAUUAAGUAGUUUCCCAUAGAUAGCUCAGGAACCCCACAUGAACAGCUGUAGCGCAGUUCGCUGACCAAGCAUUUCUUUUAUUCUGUUGUCUUCCCUAAGGUGUGACUUAGGGUAACUUUUGUUAAUCCUUGGUGUGUAAGCAUAGCAAUACUAGAAAAUGAGACCCUCACUGUGAGUGAUAGAGUAUUUAUUCAUCAGCAAUAGCAGCUCAGUAUUAAUUAAAAUGCACCAGUACUGGUGUGUUUAGCACAGAUCUAUGCACAUCCAUUGCAAUGUAUCAUGACUAUAUUCCACGUGAGUUUAGAGUGUGUAUCAGGUUUGAUGCAAGCUCUUGAAGUAACACUGACUACCAGCUUCAUGGGACUUCAGUUUUAUUCUAUGGGUUUCUCAGAAAAUGGGGAGCCAACUGCUUUGUCUCUUCCUGAGGGAAGCUCAGAUUCCCAUGUAAUUGCAAGAUUCCAGGAGCAGGGGAUUUAAAAAUAAAUGAAUAAAUCCAUGCUAUAUAAAAUAACAAACUUUGAUGGUACUAUUUACCCGUGAGAAACACAAUCAAGACAGUCGUGUAAUGUGUAGCAAUCAAGGACAUUUUGAUGUGGUUGAGUCCAAAGCUGAAUGAAUGCAUGAUUCAUCCUUUCAACUCAGCUACAGCUGACACUGCUGCAGCGCACAGUACCUGUAAUGGUAACAUUAUAAAGGAAUGCUAAUUAUCUGCCAAGCUAUUGCCCCAGUAGAAUAAAUAUCCCAUACCACCAGCAAUAGAAUUAACUUCUGCUGUUUCAUUGUUUUAAUGCUUUUCUUGCCAGUGUUUAACUAUAGAUGCUGUAUUAACAUGCAUUGCCACUUGAAGAACCAGCUAGUAGGCUGGGACAGAAGGUAUGUUAUAUUUUACAACUGAUGUAGUUCUCUGCAAUCCCUUGGGCUGUUGAAUAAUGCAAUACCUCUUCUGGAAAUAAAUGAUGAACGUGAUUUAUAAAUAUGCUUUAAACAGGUGUCAAAAAUCUGCUUUGUUGAACUUCCCUUCCCAUUCCUCCAAGCUCCGCUGUGAUUUAGGAACACCCAAGGUACAGAGCUGUGUAUUUAUCUAAGUUCUUCAGUAUACAAUUGUGGAGAGAGACAGAGGGGCAGGCGGCGGGGAAGCGAGAAUUUAACCUAUGUUUAGUGCAUUGAUUAGUCAAAUGAUAUGUCCCAAUCAGUCAUUAUCAUGUACCGCUGAUAGGGAGGAAUUUCCUAUCAUGUAUUUACAUUAGAGAAACCAAAGUGCCAAAGUCAUUAUCUCAGCAUAAAUGUUAUCAUUCCUAACUUUGCUUAGUACCGUAUUUCUAUGUUAUAUCCAAAAAGCAUAUGAGCUUGUCAUAUCUCUGAAGUGAUCAAUGUUCCAUGGAGUGUGUUAGAUUUCAGCUUCAAUUUAGGCUUGUUUCAGUUUAACUGGAGCAGAAAGCCAAUUUCCUAAUUUUGAGCAUAUGGGUGUGGGUAUGUGUGUCUGUGUGUCUGCGUGCGAGUGUGUUUUGUCCCAAUCCAAAUGCAAAUUUUCCUGUGACUAGCUUUUCAGGAGGUACUUUAAUCUAACUAAAACCAGUGAGAUCUUCCCAAUUAGCAGUCGAUACUUUUCUGCCACAGGAAUGAACAACCACCCUGCAGAUUCACUGAAUUUUAAAUUGCACAUUUGUCAGUUUUCAAUUCAAAUGUAUUUCAAAUAUUUUUUCCUGUUCCGCCUCCUGCUUUUGUGAACUGUUUUGAAGAGUGUAAUAAAAGAUGCUUUCUAAUAUUAUUUUGUCAAAAUAUUUUUGUAGCAUAAUAUAUUAAUAAAAUGUUAUUAUAAAUCCAUAGCACAA